AUGAGCAUAUCGAGGCCAGUGACGGGCCUGACGAUAGUAGACAAGACGGGGCCAGGAGCAGCAGACGUGCGGUUCAAGCCGAGGAUCCACGAGAGACGCGAAGCGGAGGGGGACAGAACAGUAGUCGAGAGAGGGCGACAGGAGCGGACGCAAGCGGGCCUACGAGCGGGGCUGACAUCAUAUGUGGAUUCGGGAUACCUUACGACUACAGACGGGGACAAGCUUCCGCAAAUCCUAGCCGAUUUAGCCCCAUUGAUGAUGCGCGACGGAAGAGGCCGCGGGGACGAGGAGCUUGCAGGGCUGUCGCGCAUCGGCCGACGCGCCGGCCAUCCCGAUCAUCAAGCCGCCCCAUCCGCACGGCUGCAUGACUCCGUCGCUGACCUCCUCGCAGCCUCCGACCUCGGAAUCCGCCAGCUCGGGAACGCCGGGCGCGACGACUUGGCUUCGUGUCUGACCCAGAUCAUCUUGCUCGGCGGCUUGCCGGCUGGCUUCAAUUGCGUCGGAAUCGCUGGUAAAACGAGCUCGGGAAUCAGAUCAUUAAUCAAUCUAAGUCUGGAACAAUUCUUAGGAAUCUUUACUACCAAGGUGAUUGAAGAGAUUCUAGAUGUGAUCGAUGAUAGCUUAUCCGGCUUGGUUCCAUCGGACUAUGAACACGACUUAGUCCCGAUCAUCCAUGCCGCCUUUCUAUCGGUCGCAGCCUCUUUGACCGGAAAUGGCGUGACAGCACUGGAGAGGACGGAAGAAUGCAUGACGAUAGUUUUCCAGACGGGCGACCUGCGCGCGUUCAGCGGGUGUAUAAUAGGGGGGGAAGGGACGCUGGGCAGGGGCGGAGUGUACGAGAUCUUAGAGGCCGGACUAGACGGCGUGCUUGAGCAAAUGGUGGGAGUUCUGGGGCCGAGCGAGCUGUCCCAGGUGGAGAACCUGGUCCGGUUCCAUCUCUCCAACACGCCUCUGGCCAGCCUCCCGCUCCAACUCGUCCAGUCCCUCCAUGCCCUCCUCGCCGUCCUCGGCCCCGGAUCGGUCACAAGCUUCGAGAAACUCCAGCUCGCACUCGCACCCCUUCUUUCCCAGUUGUUGCUCCAAAUUCCCUCCUCCAGUCCUGCUCUUUCUUCUUCUAAGCUUGUUCCGGCUUAAAGUUAGACCCCUUCUAGUAUAAUAUCCCUAGUCAUUCUUGAUCGCUGCUUUUCCUUCUUGUCCUACCAAAUCUUCAUAACACACAGCUAGGAGUUCC